AUGGCUGAAAUCCGUCGCAAGCUCGUCAUCGUUGGUGAUGGUGCCUGCGGGAAAACCUGUUUGUUGAUCGUCUUUUCCAAGGGCACAUUCCCUGAGGUCUACGUUCCCACUGUCUUUGAAAACUAUGUUGCCGAUGUCGAGGUCGAUGGAAAACACGUCGAAUUAGCCCUGUGGGAUACGGCUGGCCAAGAAGACUACGAUCGUCUUCGACCUCUAUCCUACCCGGAUUCUCAUGUUAUCCUCAUCUGCUUCGCCAUCGAUUCCCCUGACUCACUCGACAACGUUCAAGAAAAGUGGAUUUCCGAGGUACUUCACUUCUGCCAAGGCCUUCCUAUCAUCCUCGUUGGGUGCAAAUGCGAUCUGCGACAUGACCCCAAGACCAUUGAAGAGUUGGCAAAGACAUCCCAGAAGCCCGUCACUCCAGAACAGGGUGAAGAGGUACGCAAGAAGAUCGGUGCCUACAAGUACCUUGAAUGCUCGGCCAAGACCAACCAGGGUGUCCGUGAAGUCUUCGAGUCUGCCACCCGUGCCGCCCUGUUGACACGCAAGAGUGGAAAGAGCAAGAAAUGCUUGAUCUUGUAG